UCAGUCAGGUGCGAAGCACCGAGCGAUACGGACGUGUUCGUCUCCAGUUAGUCAAGAAUACCGCACAUGAGAGUUACCCAACCAAGAUCCGUUCGAAUCGAAGAUCAAUCCGCUAAGAAAGUGAGAUUUGUGCAGUGAAAAGUACUGAGAAAAAUCACCCAAAGACUGUAAAACAAAUAAGAAAAAAACCAAGAAAAUUCAAACAAGUGACCAGUCACAAAGUUAAGAUCUAAAAUCAAAAAUGAAUCACUUAUCGCCGCCGCCAUCACCGCACUCCCAGCAGCCAAGUCCAGCGGGAUUGGGCUGCCAUGGAGCAGCUCUAGACAAGCAGUGGAUGCAGCGGGCAUCCGCCUUCAACACUGUGAUAGCCUCCGCCGCGGCACAGAAACUCAAUGGAAGAGAUUUACCCUUUUGGUCCAACCCACUGCUCUACUCGAGUGCCCUUCUGUGGCCCCAAUUCCUGUUGUCCUCGGCAACAGCUUUGGGUACCCCGCUGACCCCCAUGACCCCAAAAUCACCAGCCUCUGUGGUUCUGGGACAGCGAGAUCGUGACUUUGCCCUAACACCCGAAAAGGAGCAUGAACUGCAGAUGAACAAUAACAAUGUGGUGGAUAAGCAUGAGGAUCAGGAGCAGGACGAAGAUAUGCCCUUAAAUCUGAGCACCAAGGAACGCAUCACCUCGAAUCUUUCCAAUCAGGAUCAGUAUCACAGCAGCAGCAACAACAGCAGCCGCAGCAGCUCCAGCAGUGAUGCUGAGUCAAUGCAUCCGAUGACCUCUCUAAAUGUGACACCGCCUCCUUUAAGGGCAGUGAAUCUGAAGAGUUCGGGAACACCACAUCAACAACGCCAGAGAUCGCAGGGUAAUAUCAUCUGGUCACCGGCUUCGAUGUGCGAGAGAUCAGCGAGAAGGGAUCAGUAUGGCUUGAAAAUGGAGGAGCAGGCCUGUGAUGAAGAGAACCAGGUGGAUCCCAUUGUGCGAAAGUUCAAGUACGAACGAAGAACAGCUUCCAUAUCAUCGCUACAGUCACCGAUCUCUUCGCUCUCCGCUCCAGCCUCGAACUCCGCCCAGGAUCUGGAAUUCGAGGUGGCCCAGCAGCAAUUGUAUGCCCAUCGUAGCGCCUUCAUGGCCGGAUUAACGGGCAACAAUCUGGAGCUACUUACCCAGCAUUUGAAGCAGAAAAGUGAGCAGCCACAGCAGCAUCGCAUCAAGGACGAGCAGCAGGAUAACCGCUCGGCAGCAGCUCUCAUGAAUUUGGUGGCAGCCGCCGAAUUUGGCUAUAUGCGUAAUCAACACCAACAGCCGCAACAGCAGCAGCAGCAGCAACAGUUGCAUCACCAGCAGCAGCAGCACCAACAUCAUCAGCAUCAGCAGCAACAUCCUGACUCGACGGCCACAGAUGUUGCGCGUCGUUCAUCCUCCUCAUCCUCUUACCAGGGCGAAAACGAAGAGAAGCGCAGCGGCAGGAAUUUCCAGUGCAAACAAUGUGGCAAGAGCUUCAAGCGUUCAUCCACCCUGUCCACGCAUCUGCUUAUCCAUAGCGAUACCCGGCCAUAUCCCUGCCAAUAUUGUGGCAAAAGGUUCCACCAGAAGUCGGACAUGAAGAAGCACACGUACAUACAUACCGGCGAGAAACCCCACAAGUGCACCGUUUGCCUCAAGGCCUUCAGUCAGAGCUCCAACCUGAUCACGCACAUGAGGAAGCACACGGGCUACAAGCCCUUCGGUUGUCUGCUCUGCGAUCAAUCCUUCCAGCGAAAGGUUGAUCUACGCCGUCAUCGGGAGAGUCGUCAUGAAGAAGCGCCACCUAUGGAGGAUAUGAAACCACUGAAGAUGGAGGUGAGCAGCAGCAGUUGCUGACCAAGGCUAGGACAUCCCAGAUCGAGGAGAUCCCAGUAUUAGCUAAGCAGGAUCGCAGGAGACACACUCUAAGAACCAGCCGAAGGAGCAGAUCACAGUUGGCCCUAAGUCUAAGUCGUUGCUAUGAAGCCAAAGUUUGUUUUGUUUAGGCCUUCGCAAAGAUUUAUAAGUUAGUUAAAAAGUUAGAUUGUUAGCUAAGAUACUGCCUGUAUAUAUAGUUAUCCAAAACAAGACUCUUCUUAUAGCUGUUAAAACGUAGCUGUAAUAACUAAUUUAAUUUAUUGCAUUAACCCUUAACGAUUUGGUUUAAACUUAACCCAAAAUUGGCAGCUAAACGUACCAAAGAACAACCUCAAAACAAAUUAAAUCACCCCCCCAACCACUUGGCGACCACUUGUCUAAAUUUAGUUUUUAUAUUUAUUUAUUUAAGUUUAUCGAUGGCA